AUGGGCAAAGAAAAUGGGGAUCUCACAGAAUAUCAGCCCUUGCUUAAAGAUGUCAGAGAACCAGAGGUGCGGCAAAUAAAGAUUCCAAGCAAGUCUCUGCUCUUCGCGGUCUGGGCUGCGUGUAUUGGAGGAACUUUCCAGUAUGGUUAUAACAUCUCCAUCAUCAAUGCUCCAACCAAGGCAGUGCAGAAUUUUAUCAACAAGACUUGGAUGGAACGGUAUGACUCUGAGAUAUCUGGCCAGUUUCUCACAUUUCUGUGGUCUGCCAUAGUGUCCAUUUUCACCAUCGGUGGGCUCGUCGGGGCCUCUAUCGGUGGGACGCUGGCCAUCCGAUUCGGAAGGAAAGGGACAUUGUUACUAAACAACAUAUUUGCCUUGCUGGCUGCGUUCUUCAUGGGUCUGAGCUAUCCUACAAGCACCUUUGAACUGCUAAUCAUCGGACGCUUUCUAACCGGGUUAAACGCAGGCAUUGGCAUAUGUGUCCAACCUCUGUACUUGGGUGAGAUCGCUCCCAGAGCUCUCCGUGGUGCUAUGGCAAUGGGCACGUCAAUUUUCAUCACAGGAGGAAUCCUAACUGGCCAAGUGAUUGGACUCAACGAGUUGUUGGGGAAAGAGGAAUACUGGCCUAUCCUGUUAUCCACGACUUGUAUCCCAGCGCUGCUCCAGCUUGUCAUUCUUCCAUGGUUCCCGGAGAGCCCGCGCUACCUGCUGAUCGACCGUGGGGACGACCUCGCAUGCAAAAGGGCUCUAACACAGCUUCACGGAGCGGAUAACUACCAUGGAGAGAGAGAAGACAUGGAGAGGGAAAGGGUCAGCGCAGCGGGAAUCAAACCCAAAAAACCCUGGGAGCUAUUCACGGACCGUAGCCUGCGCUGGCAGCUCCUGACAGUGAUCCUGCUAAACAGCGCACAGCAGCUCAACGGCAUCAACGCAAUUUACUUUUAUGCAGAUUACGUGUUUUCUCAAUCUGGUAUUCCGCCGGACAAGAUUCCGUACGCGACGGUGGGAACUGGAGCGUGCGAAUGUUUAACGGCCCUAACCUGUGGUCUGCUGAUUGAAUCGCUUGGACGACGAGUCCUCAUCAUCGGAGGAUACACUUUGAUGGCGCUGUGGUGUAUUUGCUUCACAGUGACUCUCACCUUUCAAGAAUCCAACCCAUGGGUACCUUACCUCAGCAUGAUGUGUGUUUUUGCUUUCAUUCUGAGCUUCGGCUUGGGACCAGGCGGCGUGACCAAUAUUCUCACCACGGAACUGUUCACGCAGACAGCCCGGCCUGCGGCUUACAUGACUGGCGGCUCCGUGAACUGGCUCAGUUUCUUCCUCAUAGGGAUGAUUUUCCCAUUUAUCGUGAACGGCCUACAGCAAUACUGUUUCCUUGUGUUCUUGGUCAUUUGCUGCCUGGUGGCAACGUAUAUCUUCCUGGUUGUGCCGGAAACCAAAAACAAAACCUUUCUUGAAAUCCAAACAGAAUUCAAUUUGAGAGACAGGAGAAAACUUGCUACAGCUAAUAGUACAGAUGGUCCUAGAGCCACACUGCUAUCACCGCCUCUGUGA